AUGCCUCAUCGGGAUACUCCUGAUCCUCCUCCUGCCGAUGAUCCGGUGCCACCUCCAGAAGGUGAUGACCCACCACCAGAGGAUGCUGGUGACGAUGAUGAUGAUGAACCUGAGGGUUUCCCAGGGGGUCCUUCAGAUGUUUCCCUGCUGACAGGGUAUGCUGACCAUACUGCCAGACAUGUUUGGGAUGGAGAGACUCGUCAGCCGCAGAAGUUCUAUAACCAAGGGCGGAAGAUAUUAUCUUUAGAGCAGCAAUAG